AAUCGAGAAGAUAUCGUUGGUGUCCUCUACUUGGCACGAGGCCGUCGCGCAUCGAACGUUUCGUGUCCCGAUUUCGCUCGUUUCCGCCAAAGCUCUCUCGAUCGAUCAUGGCCACCAUCAAGUUCAAGGAGGCGUCGCCGUACACGAAGCCGAAACCCGUGCCAACGCCCGAGGAUUAUCUGUACUCCAAAUACGUGAACGACUGCGCGUUGAAGAGCGACGGGAAGAGACGCGAUCCCGUCCUGGGCGUGGCGAUAUUCGGCCUCGGCCGAGCCGGCACCAUACAUCUCUCGAAUCUCGUGAACAAUCCGAGGGUGAAGCUGCUCUACGUCGUCGACGACACGGAGUCCAAGUGGAAGGACCUGAAGGAGUAUUGGCGGCUGGACGACAUCCCCGUUAUCGGUAGCAAACAGGCCGAUCGAGUUUACAACGAUCCAAAGGUCGACGCGGUGGUCGUCUGCUCGCCCACCUAUACGCACGAGGGCAUCGUGACGCGAGCCCUCGGCGCCAAGAAGGCCGUCUUCUGCGAGAAACCGAUCGCCGAGGAGCCGGCGAGCACGGCCAAGUGCUACGAGGCGGCCCGUCGCGCCUCCCGCCCGCUCUUCUGCGCCUUCAAUCGUCGCUUCGACCCGAGCUACCGGGACGUGUACGAGCGUCUGCGCCGUGGCGAGGUCGGCCAGGCGCACAUAAUGCGGCUGACGGCGCGCGACUCGCCCCUGCCCACCAUCGACUAUCUCAGGACCUCCGGGGGCAUCUUUCACGACUGCAUGGUGCAUGACAUCGACCUGCUCACCUGGAUGCUCGGCGAGUAUCCGACCAGGGUCAGCGUGCACGCGAGCGCCAUGAUACCGGAAAUCAAGGCGAUCGACGACUUCGACACGGUCGCCGCUGUCUUCCACUUCCCCUCGGGCACCGUGGGGAUGGUCGACCUGUCGCGCAACUCGUGCUACGGCUACGACCAGCGCGUCGAGGUGUUCGGACCCAAGGGCCUGAUAGACGCCACCAACGAGCAGCCCAUUCACUGCGUGACGGCCCAGCUGGGCCAGCAGGGCCAGCGCAAGCCGCCGAUCUGGUACUCGUUCGCCAGCCGAUUCCGCAACGCCUACGCCAGGGAGAUGGAGCACUUUUUGGACGUGGCGCUGGGCAAGGCUCAGCCGCUGGUGCAGGAGAAGGAGAUCAUGGCCGUGUCGAAGAUCGCCGACGCCUGCGAGAAAUCGGCCAGGACCGGACAGUCGCAGGAGCUCGAGUGGGCCGUCAACGAGCUGCCGACUCACCGGUAGGGACGGAUCCGGAGCCGACUUUUUUUCGCUUUUUCGAGCGUUUGUUUUCAACCGGAGCACAAAUAUAAUGAUAUAAAGAACCUCA